GCCCAAGACUCCGGAGUUGCUGCUUGAGCCAUUUUUUUUUUUCUUACUCCGGACGGAGGAAGCGAUGGGCAGAUAGCGAGUCUGGGGCUUUUGCGGGGGAGGCGGGAGGCAGACAGGGCAACGGGCAGACCAGGCGGGGGCAAAGCCCCUUCUCCUCUCUGCCUCCGGCUUGCAAUUGGCCAGCCUAUGCCAGUUGGGCAAAGCGCUUGGAAGGGGGCUCGCCUCCGACUGGGGGAGGCGGGAGCAAGAAGCAGGGGCUGAAGACCCCAGACCCUGCCCUCGCUCCAGCCCGGCCGCCUUCCAGGACCCGCCGCUUCGCCAAGCGCAGCUGCUGGCACCAUGAAUUGGGGCACCGAACUGUGGGAUCAGUUUGACACCCUCGAAAAACACACCCAGUGGGGUAUCGACAUUCUGGAAAAAUAUAUCAAAUUUGUCAAAGACAGAACGGAGAUUGAGAUCAACUAUGCAAAGCAGCUUAGGAAUCUCGCAAAGAAAUACCAGCCCAAAAAGAAUUCCAAAGAAGAGGAUGAAUACACGUAUUCAUCAUGCCGAGCUUUCCUAGCGACUCUGAACGAAAUGAACGAUUAUGCUGGUCAACAUGAAGUUAUUUCGGAGAACAUGACCUCCCAGAUCACCACAGAGUUAGCCCGCUAUGUACAGGAGCUCAAGCAAGAAAGGAAAUCGCAUUUUCACGACGGGCGGAAAGCGCAGCAACACAUCGAAACCUGUUGGAAGCAGCUGGAAUUGAGCAAGCGACGAUUUGAACGGGAUUGCAAAGAAGCCGACCGAGCACAGCAAUACUUCGAGAAGAUGGACGCAGACAUCAACGUCACGAAAGCAGACGUCGAAAAGGCCCGCCAGCAAGCCCAGCUCCGUCACCAGAUGGCCGAAGACAGCAAAGGAGAGUAUUUGUCCACCUUACAGAAGUUCAACCACGAGCAGCGAGAGCAUUACCACACGCAUAUUCCCAAUAUUUUCCAGAAAAUCCAGGACAUGGAAGAGAGACGGAUAAUCAGAAUAGGUGAAUCUAUGAAAACGUUUGCUGAGGUGGAUCGCCAGGUGACGCCCAUCAUCGGGAAGUGUCUGGAUGAGAUCACCAAGGCGGUGGACGCCGUUGAUCCAAAGCAGGACUCUCAGCUGGUGAUCGACGCCUUCAAAUCCGGCUUCGAACCUCCGGGAGACGUCGACUUUGAAGACUUCACCCAGCCAAUCAAGCGAGCUGUUUCGGAAUCCAGUCUCUCCAACUCCAAAGAGGGCAAAUCUGAAUCCAGAUUUUCAAGCAAGUCCAAGGGCAAAUUAUGGCCGUUCAUAAAAAAAAACAAGCUUAUGUCCCUUUUAACACCCCCCUAUCAGCCUCCUCCUCUGCCCCCUUCCUCUGCCUCGCCUUCUGCUCUUCCAAAUGGCCCUCAGUCCCCCAAGCAGCCAAAGGAACCCCUCUCCCAUCGCUUCAACGAGUUCAUGACCUCCAAACCCAAAAUCCACUGCUUCAGGAGCCUAAAGCGUGGGCAACAGUCUCAGUCUUUGUACUUUGACAAAGAACACAUGAAGAGGCGAUUAGGCAGAGCCACCUAUGCCGUGGAAGCUAGGGAGUACAUUCUUUCCCUGAAGCUGAUAACUUUGAAUAUGCAGGUCUGGAAUUUAAUGGAGGGAGGAGGACCAGAAGAUUACAGCAAUCUUCCCCCGGAGCAACGAAGAAAGAAACUCCAGCAAAAGGUGGAUGAAAUCAACAAGGACAUUCAGAAAGAGUUGGAUCAAAGAGAGGCCUUAACGAAAAUGAAAGAUGUCUACAUCAAGAACCCCCAAAUGGGGGACGCAGCCAGCGUGGACAUUAAGUUAGCUGAACUCGGACAAAACUUGGAGAAGCUGAGGCUGGAAAUACAAAAAUUUGAGGGCUGGUUAGCAGAGGUGGAAGGUCGUUUACCUGUCCGGACAGAGGCGAUGCGCCGCCAGAGUGGAGCGUACGAGCCCCAGAGCAACACCUUGACCGUCACCAACUGUGUCCAAGACCGAGAGAGCAGUCCCGAUGGCGGUUACACAGAGGAACCCAGCCAGGAGAGUGACAUGAAAACGCCGACGACCGAAUUUGACGAUGAAUUUGACGACGAGGAACCCCUUCCCACAAUUGGCACCUGCAAGGCUCUGUACACCUUUGAAGGACAGAACGAAGGAACCAUAUCCGUGACGGAAGGAGAAACCUUGUAUGUCAUAGAGGAAGACAAAGGGGAUGGGUGGACCCGCAUCCGGAGGAACGAGGAUGAGGAAGGCUACGUCCCCACUUCCUACGUUGAUGUCUUUUUGGAGAAGAAUGCCAAAGAUUCCUAAAGAAAAAAAAAAUCAAGAAGUCAGUUGCUGUUACAAGAGCUUCGGGACGAGCUUGGCCACAGGAGAAGAAACUGAUGAUUGGAUUUUAUGAUUAUUUUGAAACGCGACCCGUUUUCAAAACCACCUCUGGCGUUUGCGAGCGUGGGAUGAAAGGGAGGGAGAAUGAAUGAAUGAAGCCCUCGUGGAAGGAGAAUUAAAACUCCCUUCUAAAACUGUCCUUCAAGCUCACCCUUCAUUGCUUCUUACGUUCACCAGCAUUUUGGCUGUGGCACCAAGGAAUCCAUCCUGGCUGGGGGUUCGAGAGAUUCCCACCACGGCCUUCCGGAUCCAAACUGUGGGAUCCUCUCUCCCCCCCCCCCCCCAGAGAAGGGAUGGAAUCAGAGCUGACCCUUACUCACCCAUUUUCUCACCCCAGAUCCUCAAAGGAUUUUGCAAACAGGUUUUUGUUUCUCUUACGCAGCAGGUGUGAAAGAGGGAUUUUCCUAGCCGGUGUCUUCAAAACCAAGGUAUUAUUAGAUGGAUGGUCUCACUACUAGAUAGAAAUUUGAAUUCGCAAUGAAGUCUGAAAUUGUACGUUGGGUCCACAGCUAAUUCUAGGGCCUAAGGCUGAAAUAAUUUUUGUUUUAAUCUAGCAGAUCUACCUAAUAGUCUUCAGCUUGGGUGCGUGUGUGUGUGGCUUUGCACCCUGUUGUGAUUGCUUGAGAAGAAAAUGGAGGAAUUGGAAGGAUUCUGCUUAGAGCAGAAGAUGGAAAUGUUUCCUAUUAGGAGUCUGUAGGACCUCUUGGCCACAUUGAGGAGAUCACUUCCAUCCCCAUUGGUUAGGCUAGCCUGUAUGGUCCUCCUUGAGGACCCAAGACUGGAGAAGAAUGCAAAGGACGUUCCCCUCCAGCUGGGUGAGUGGUUGUGUUUGGUGUGACCCACACCAUGGUGUGGUGGGAGGACCCCAUUUCUCCUGUCUCUGCACUGCACUCACUCCAUCUGUCCAUCACAUCAAGAUCCAGAGGAGGCUCAUCGGAAGGAGAACAGGCUUCUAUCAGGGUUUAGACUAAGGCAUAUUGAAGCACAGUGUUAGCGUGAUGUAUAAAUGAAGCUGCAGAGUUUGGCCAUUCAUGGUGAGCCAAAAGCGUGCCUUGCCCAGACCAAGCUACUCAUGUUCAGAAACACCCUGUUUUGGUCCUGGGUUCAAGCAGUUCCACAGAACCUGCAGAAAGCGGUUCAGAGGUCCUGGUUUUAGGCUGCUAAGAUGGUCAAAUCAGAGGUGUCUUUUGAUAGCCUUGGUGUUCACCAGGACUUCGGUUCCAUGGCUCACCUAUGCUAAAAAAAAAUCCAUGACGGGGUCUCCAGCUCUCCUGCAGGCAGGAAUUCAGAUUUCCAUUCUAGGAAGUGCCAUGGGAUAAUGGAUCCCUUUCAUCCUACAGAUCUCUUAGAAAGAAUUAGGGAUUUUUUUUUCCACCGGGGUCAACCUCAGUGGCUUGAAGAGCAGGUGGACUUCAACUCCCAGAACUCUCAAGCCAGGCCAGAUGUUUGCCUGAUGAAUUUUGGGAGGAAAGGCCAGGAAAACGGGCACCAACCCAAAACCUUGCUCAGCUCCCCAGGGAUCUGUCUGCCCACCUGCAUUAACUUUUAUUUCACCAACAUUCUUUUAGCUAACCAACAUCAUUCAUGUCAGUCUUGGUUUUUUUCUCCUCUCGGCUUGUUUGUCCACUGUUCUGCCCUCUCUGCGUCACCCGGGUCGCCUUCUCCUGCCCUUUUAAUUUAUUAAAUUAUUUUGCAUGGCGCCUCUCUAAAUCCACUUUCCUUUUCUUGCACGUCCACUCCCGUGUUUAUUUAUUUCAGCUUUUCCCAACUCCAUCCUGCUUGUGGACUCUCCUGCCUGGGCAAUGGGCUGGAAUAGAAGACCUCCAAGGUCCCCCUUCCAGCCCUUGGAUUCUGUGAUCCAUCCAGCCAAAUGUCACUGUGAUUCCCGCCCUUCUCAGCUCCUGCCUGCUCUCAAGUUCCAUCCCAGUUUUUAGUUCCAUUUUGGGGGCUGCGCCGUCAAAUCAAAGUGGCGGGCGUGCUCAGCAUCCCCAAAGAUCUACGAUCCUUCCCAAAACUGGAGCCUUGUCGCAGAUUCACUAAGAAGGCUAUUACUGUGCCGAGUUCGAGAGACUGCCGGUUUUGAACUCGCCUCUUCUCAGGAGCCUCUGCAGUUUGGGGAGCCAAAAGGGGACUGGGGUAGCUCCGGAUUGCAGCUUCAACGAGCUGUGCCUGCAGCCUAGAUUUGAAAGACGGAGCAAUCUCUCCAAGAACGGGAGAGUCAGAUCUCGUUUCUCCAUCCAAAGAAGUGAAAAGGACUUGCUGGAACUGAUUUUCAAGGAAUUUUUGAAGGAUUCCCUGCCUAGGUAACGCAUCGCCAAGAAAACUUGAGUUUUCCCGACAUUUUUUCAGUGAAGAAGGUCAUAAGCAAGGAAGUGAAGAGUUGGAAGCUGAAGUAGACACUGGAAAUACUCUCCAGAUCAGCAGUUUAAUACGAGUGGACUAUCAGUAUCCAUUUGUGGAUAUAAUUGCACCAUUAUAACUCCUUCCAUCUCCUCACCAUUAAAAUAUCCUGGUGAAAGAAAAGUAAAACUUGACUGCUACAAACCUCAGCGAGCUAGGAACAACUCUAGGAAUUGCCAGCCUGGGUUGGCUGAUGAUUGGGAGACCAAAAGCCCAAGAAAAUAAAUUGAGCCUCCACUCUUGGGAAUAGUCUAAUUGUGAGGAUCAGAGGCUGGGGAGGGGGGCCUUUGCUGCAAAUAAGCUGUCAACUGCAGCAUAUUUGUGUACCUGCCUGUUUGGGAUGGGCAUGGAAAAUUCAGGGAAGGGGCUUUUUUUUUUCAAAAUUGUUACCCUGGUGGGCCAGGCUGACCCCCAAACCUUCCUCAAGCAGAAGGCAGGCUAGCCUUCCAGAAAGUUUCCAGGGAGAGUUUGAGGAAGUCCAAAGCAAAAAAUAAAAAAAAAUAAGUUUCAGCACGAUUUGGCAAGAGAGCUGCCUAUUUGCUACUCGAUUUAGGAAACUGCAGCUUGGGACAGUGGCUGAGUCAUUGGCGCAAAAUUAAAUUGAGGGACUUCCCAAAAUAAACAUCCUGCUUUAGUUUAAAAAUCCCAUUUUCUUCUCCUUUCCCAAAUCUGUUGUCCUCAGAAAAGAUCUCUCUCUCUGCUCUCUUUUGAUCCUUUUUUGGGAGCAACUUCGCUUUUCCCCCAGAAAAAUAAAAUUAAAAAAUGCUUUUUGUAAGCAUCAUGUUUGAUGCACCACUGAAUCUAAGAUCUCACUAGACUAUUCCUGACCAGGAAUGUCCACGCGGAGAAAGAUAUACCCAACUGUAGUUUGUUUUCCACAAACCAAGAUUACAAUUGAUGCAUGGGUUCAAUCUCCUUUUUUUAUUCAGGUGCAAAGACUGAAAAAAAAAUAAAAAUGAGCUGUGCCAUCAUUAUAUUAGGGAAGGACCCGCCAAAUAGUUUAUCUGUCUAGCUUAAUAUUUCUGCAAACCUUGAUAUGACAUGGGUUUAAUUUGGAAAAAAAGAAAGAGAGAAGUGGAUGAGUUUAAGACGUAGAGGAUGGGAAAUUUAUCAGUUCUUUCAUUUUUCAACCCUGGAAUAGAGCAAAUGCCUAAGACCCAUUUUCUUUGAAAUGCUUAUUUUUCAUGCAACAGUAGAGAAAAAAAAAAUGUUAAGGACAGAGAAUUGUUAUCUGCCCUUAAUUUUAAUUCAAUUAUUUUUUGGGUUGCCUGUUUUACAGGGGAUUUGGCUUCCCAAGGCUUAACCAUACGCCUACCCAAGAUGGCUGGGGGGGGGGGGAGAAAUACUUUAGGAAAUCAUGGUGCCAAAAAAGCUGUAGUUUUGAGUCCCAAUGUAUGUUUUGAUUUGGAAGACUUGGAACUUUCAUACAAAUGGCAUAAUAAAUUUAAGAUAAUUUUUUUCAAAAAAUCUAUUUCAGAAUAUUGUCCCUCGACCCCAGAACCCCAGAUAACCCCCUAUGUUAGAAUAUAUAUAUUUGAAAAGUUUCAUCUAUGCUUAAAAAGCAUGCAUGAAAUUUUAAUGCAGGGCCUUAGAGGUAUGAAUUUGAAGUAGACAAGUAACACCAACAGUUCCUAAAAAGUUUUUCCUGGUUAGGAUCAGACUAAAAAGACAGAUUAUCCUGGCCUCUCAACUCAUCCUCUACUCUUGCUAACGCCCUUUCUUACCAUCUGUAAAUAGACAAGAGAGAAAAAAAAUAUUUACUGAAAAACUGUGUUUUAAUGCUGAGUAUUUUUCAAAAGUUCUGUGUACUCCCCAUCCCUCCUUCUCAUGCUUGAAGUGUCAAAAAGGUUUAAAAAGAAAAAAAACCCGCCAAAUUAUAUUUUAACAUGAAAUGUCAAGCACUUUUUGUUUCGUUUUCAUUUUUUUAAUGGUUUACUUCUGUGUAUUUAGGCACUGGAUUCUUUUUAUGUAGGUUUUUGGUGGCAACUUAAAUGUCUCUGUGUAUGUAUGAUUUUCCUAGCUGAAAAAAGGUGUAAAGGAAAUCCGAGUUCUAGUGUUUUGACUCAUUUUAUUUCUGGCAACAGAAUUCAAUCAAAUAAAGUGCUUCCAUUUGAAAGCGA